AUGGCGGCCGAAAGCCCAGACUCAGACUGCACUGGUCAGCAAAGAAGCCCGCAAAAUAUUCAUGAUAUCUCGGCAAACAAUGGAUCGUUUCUCUUUGCAGGCGCUGUCAGCCAAGUCAGCUUCUCACAUUCUGGGCAGACUACUCCUAGCUUUGAAGAUGCAGUCAAGAACUGUCGAGAUGUUCUGUUCGUGAGCCAUCCUGAUGCCGACAGGGCCAACAUCGCCGACGCGAAAGGGACAAGAGCCCCUGGAACCUGCCAAUGGAUCCUAGAGAACUCAGAGUAUCAAACAUGGCUCGAAAAGAAGUCUUCCCUCUUUUGGAUCUCUGGAGGUCCUGGUACAGGCAAAACGGUCAUGUCACUCUUUCUCUCAGAACAAGUUGAGAAAGAGUGUCAGGGCACAGACGAUCAUUUUUUGUUUUAUUUCUGUCGAUUUCAGCACGAAUGUUACAACAAGCCCACGAACCUUGUGCGAAGUCUGGUAUAUCAGCUGCUUGGCUUCAGCACUGAUAUGUCCAAGAUCCAGGAGGUCUCCACUUACUUGGACACCCCGGAGAAAGCAAAGAAUGCCUUGUGUAGCCUGGAAUGCUUGUGGAAGAUCCUGGAAAUCCUUCUAUCGCAGUCUAAUCUCUCUACAGUCUAUUGUCUUAUCGACGGCAUCGACGAGUGUGAGUUUUCGAAUGUGUUGAUCGGCAAGUUUCGCGACUACUGUACCUCACCCACUGGGCACAACGGACCUCUCAAGGUGGCACUUAUAGGACGAGAUAUUGAUAUACUCGGCAUACACAUUCACUCCCGAGGCCCCGAACCUACUCCCGAUUACACUCCAGAGACAGCAUUUAUAGAGGCAGAUGCAAGCGACGCAUUCUGUGGUCUCAAGCUCGAUCCAGACCAUCACGGACAUAUCAAUGAUGAUAUAGCGACAUUCAUCAGGUGGAGCCUAGAACCUCUGCAAAGAAUACAAGGUUUCGAGGCUAUCCGCCCUCAAAUCGAACAAACACUACUCGAAAGAGCAGAAGGCACCUUCUUAUGGGUUGCUUUUGUCGUCCACGAGCUUUCUAAAAAGAGGACCUGCCUUCAAAUUUCCGAAACCGUUCAGGAAGUACCAGUAGGCCUGUAUCCGGUAUUCGGGAGAAUGCUGCACCAGAUCGGCCCGAAAUACCGUCAUGCCAGUGCGAAUAUCUUCAAAUGGAUUGCAAUUACGAUGCGACCUCUGACCCUUGAGGAGUUGGCUUACGCUAUCGAAAGUGAUAUCGAGUGUAUGGAAGAUAGAAUAGUCAUCUGUCAACCACUUCUGAGGCUUAGCGAUAACCAAGUGUUAUUUGUCCAUCAGUCGGCCAAGGAGUACCUCCUGAGAAGUGAGCCGGACCAGGAUCCAAUCACCGAGGGCUUUCGUAUAGAAGCGAAAAGGUGCCACGGCGAGGUUGCCCAUAGGUGCUUGCAAAUCAUUGAACAUAGUUUUUUCCGACACAAACGCAUUGACUAUGAAACCUUCGAAAGCAUGACAAGAGACCGUAAGCAACCAAACAUCUCAGGAGGUAGUAUGCAGCCAAGAAAGUCUUUAAGUGCGUGCGAGCUGUUCAACUAUGCGGAACUUUACUGGUUGAGCCAUGCUAGACUGUCACCAAAGGAUGCAAGUUAUUUAUUCAACCCUAGCAGGCCGUUCUUCAAAAGAUUCUCUGCUGUACGGAAAAACUGGGCAGCUUACAGAAUUGAACCAUCGUGGCUAAUUCAUAUGGCGACUUAUCUUGGCAUGGUCCCGUGGCUUCGCGCCUUCAGGGAAGAAAGGGUCUUUAUGCCUUACAUUGGGACCAUACGGUUGAAGAAAUGGGAUAAUGCCCAGUACGAGUCUGAGACUCCUCGGACAUAUGCAGUCAAGGGUGAUCACGAAGAGGUAGCCCGAUUUCUCUAUGACCAUCAUGUUGAUUUGAAGGGCGAUUUCCUCGUCGUCUGGGAAGUACUGUGGCUCGGUAGCGACAAGUUCGUGCAGAGCCUUCUUGAACAUGGUCUCCAGAUACCAGACAGUUCGUCCAACAGGAGUAUCCUCAUUUCUGCAGCCAGCAAGGGCUUCACAGCCGUGGUACAGCUGUUCCUCGACCACGGCGCAGAUAUCAACAUCAGAAAUGACGAGAACGAAACACCCUUGAUUCUGGCCGCAAGGUUUGGUCAUAAGGAUUUGGUGCAUUUUCUCCUUGACCACGGUGCACAUUUCGAUCUUGUAGACUUCCGGGUGUGGCUAUCCCAGACGGCCUCGACACUGGUGUCGGCGUGGAGUACGGAGAUUGUGCAGACGUUACUCCAGCGCCUUACUGAUGUAUGCUGGGCCGGCGAAGAUGGGAGUAAACUUUUGAACCUGGCUGCAAAAUGGGCUGAUCAUGAGGUGGUUCAAGUGUGCUUGGCGAAAGGUGUUGAUGUCGAUUGGGAAGAUCCAUCUGGCAAUACAGCACUGAUCGAGGCAAUAUUAGGAUACCGAGGCCCAACCCCGACAACUGAACGUUGGCCUCUGGAAGAAAAGUCCUUGAACGUCCAUGAACCCAUAAGAAUAGCGGAGAGACGAGCGGUAGUCGUGGCCUUGUUGGACCAUGGUGCCGAUCCAAACAUCGGCGGAGGCUUCUAUAGUGAUUUACGAGUACCACCGCUGCUUUGCGCAGCUAGGCAAGGACUCGACUGGGCAGUCGAAAAACUAAUAGGCCGGGGUGUUGACUGCAAUGCCAGGGUCGAGUUCAUUCGCAAGCGUGGAGCGAUAAGGCGUCUACUUUCUUCCGCGUUUGGAGGAAGUCCUGCAGAGCAAGAAUCUAAAUGUAUAAUAGACGAUGCAUCGGCAUUACUCUAUGCAGCUCGCGAGGGGCAUCUAUCGACACUGCGGCUUCUCCUUGCUCAUGGCGCUGACACAAGCCUUGUUGAUGAACGUGGGAAAACAGCUCUGGAGUGGGCCUCUGAAAAGGGACAUCGAGAGAUUGAACAGGUGUUAAUGGAGCAUGAUAAGGCAUUGGGCCGCUCUCUAAGAUAA